GGUGAGUUAGAGAAGCGCUGUAACCGAUGGCUCUGGCACUAAGAUGCUUCCGUCAUCUGCCUUCCCUGCUUUAUCGCUCCUCUGUCGCAACAAUAAGGGGGCUCCCACAGGCUCCUGCAGGCUGCCCGGCCCUGCUCCUGGACGGCUGCAGGCAGUGUGUCCAUCAGAUGCUGCUCACCAGACAGCUAGCUACCAAAAAAGCUAAAGGCAAAGGGCAGAGUCAAGCCAGAGUGAAUAUCAGUGCUGCCCUAGUUGAGGAUAUUAUCAAUUUGGAGGAAACCAAUGAAGACAUGCAGGCAGUGGUAGAAGCUCUGAAAGAAGAAUUCAGCAGAAAUCUCAGUAUCAGAACCUCACCAGGGGCCCUCGAUCACCUCAUUGUGAUGACAAGAGAUGGGAAGUUUCCACUGAACCAGCUGGGGCAGAUCUCACAGAAGUCACCACAGCUCAUUAUAGUGAACAUGACCAAUUUUCCGGAGAGCACAGCUGCAGCUACGAAGGCUAUAAGGGAGAGUGGCAUGAACCUGAACCCAGAAGUGGAUGGGACAAUAAUUCGGGUGCCAAUCCCUAAGAUAACGAGAGAGCACAGGGAGAGCCUGGCCAAGCUUGCCAAGCAGUCCACCAACAAGUCCAAAGAGGCCCUGAGAAAGGUGCGAAGCAAAAGCAUCAACCAGGUAAAGAAGUUCAAGAGCAAAGUGUCUGAAGACACCAUCUGGCUGCUAGAAAAGCAGAUCCAGCAAAUGGCAGACAGCACCGCAGCAGAGAUGGACAAGCUGCUGGCAGCGAAGACCAAGGAGCUGCUUGGAUGAGCACCAUCCCGAUGGACGCGCUCCCCUCUCAAGCAAGAAUGGACUGCCACGUGCCACAGUGCCCAUCCCUGCCCGGAGUCGGCAGCCUCGGGCAGGGCAGGGGUGACUCU